UACUCUGUUUAGUGUUUACUUCGUACCUUUGUCACAAUAUAGGUAAAUUAUAAAACAAAUAAACCAAACCUCAAAAUUCAAAGUAAUCAAUACUUUUGUCUGGGCUCAGAACGAGUAUAGUUCGUCCCUGCAAAAUCGCAUUAGAGGUCUUUGUUAUAAGUUUAACAGUUGCUUUAAUUGGUACAUUAUCAAAAUGAAUAUUCCUUUUCCAAUAAUAUAUCCGCAUAUGAUAUACUCAGACUGGUUUAAUGCUGAUAGGCCUUAUGAUGAAGAUGCCGAGUUAACAAGAAUGGAAGAAGCGAAUAAACGUUGGCUGAAUUCCGUGGCCAAAAAAUACAUGAAGCAUACUCCUAUUGAGAAGCCGAGUGCAGAGCCGAUGGAAGAAGUUGUAAUAGAUGAUGAUGUUUUUAUCGUCACAGGAAAUGAAGAUCCAGAAGAAUCGGAGGAGUCCCAUGAUGUUGACGAAGUUGAGGAGAUACCGACCACUACUACAACCACUACGGAAUCUCCACCAAGAAACAACGAUGUAGAACCAGAGAGCCUGACCGAGAGCCCUGAAGAGAGCCCUGCUGAUACUGCAGAUCUAGAAGUUGAGGCUACUCUCUGGCCAUAUGUGGCACAAGAUGAAUAAAUAAAUUAAUAAUCGAUUUGCACAUGCUUUCAUUAUUAUAUUCAGUAUGUUUGCAAUCAAUCGUAAUAAUCAAACUAGUAUCUCUACUGUAGUUCUAUUUCCCGACGUAUGAUAUGGGAAUCAUAUAAUAGUGCAGAAUUCUUCACCCUCGUUUUAUGGUAAUCUUCUGGUUUCACCAAAUAAAAACGAACAUUCCUAGUCAUAGUAUAUUUUGUUGAUAAAUUAUUUAUUUUUAUUAAGUAGUAGUAGUAAAUUAGUUUUUAGUAAUUAUAAUUGUAACAUGAUUUGUUUUAUAUUUAGUUAGAUUAAGAAUUACAUUGUUCAUAAAAUAAGUUAUAUAGUUUUUUUUUUGUUCUAUGAUUUAUUUAUGUAAGGUAUUUAUUCUGCUUAUACUCUAUGACUUCAUAUGAAAAUAAAUAAAGUUGCAUAGAAUAUUAA